AUGGUUCGCUCUCGAUCCUCCUCGCCCUCAGUAUUCACGACGUUCAUUCGCUGGCUACGGCUGAAGAAUUACCAAUAUGAAGUCACCUUUGCGCUCUAUAUGCUCACUCCAAUGGAGAAAUUCAUCUUCAACACCCUGCUGCUCCUUGUAAUAUCCAUGUCCGUCGCCGCUGCGUACAUCUACUUGCCGAACCACAUUGUUUCCAUCUGCCAGCAUGUCUGGUACUACUGGACGGGCGGCGAUCCGUUCACCGGUUCAUCGUCCAAGCUCCGCCUAGCCGCUAAUCUGUCUGCCUCGUCGUUGCCCGCUGCUGAGAUGCUAGCACAACAGAAUGUCAUCGUGGACACUGGGAAGGUGGCUGCUGAGACCACCGCAAAGAGGCUUGCUGAACUAUAG